AUGGCAAUUGAGGCCCACCAAAUUCAUUCACCUCCUCCUACAAAAUCCAACCAGGAAUACUGGGGAGGACGGAGGAGGAUGUCACUCCAAAAACUCCUCCAGAACCUCAGAACUGUUAAAAAAUGCCAACUCCCAAACCCUUCUCAAAACCCCAAAGCCAAAAUUGCAGACACCAUUAUUUCCGCAAUUCUGAUCACCUCAACUUUUCAACCCAUCCCAGCAACCACCACCAAUCUCCUCUCCAAGCUUACCUCCAACUUUGUCCACCUCAUUCUCUCUGACCCUCGUAUACAAAUUCCCAAAUGCCUUGAUUUCUUCAAUUGCCUUGUGAAAAACCAAGCUUUACUUUCUUUUCAGCUCAGUAUUGAGACCCAUUUGACCCUUCUUUGCAGGCUUGUCAAAUCAAGAAAGUUUGAGGAUGCUGAGGAUCUUUUGAGGGCAUUCUUGAUUCUUCAUGAGAAUGGCAGGUGCCCAUUUUCUGCUAUUGCUUCAUUCUUUCAGAAUAACUGUUAUAAGCCUUUUAUUCGUGCUAAAGUUUUCAAUCUGAUGAUUAAAGUUUACUCUGAUAACCAAGAGUUCAAUAAGGCUACGCAGACAUUUGAUUAUAUGAGAAAUAAUGGUGUUGAGAUAAAUGAGAGAACUUGCACUAUACUUUUGAUCGAAAUAACGAGAUGUGAUCAGUUGGAGUUGGGAAUCGAGUUUUUUUAUCGAAUAGUAGAGUCUGGAAUUGAGAUUUCGGUGUUUUCGUUGACAGUUGUUGUUGAUGGCCUGUGUAAGAGUGGUGAGAUUAGAAGGGCUAGAGAAUUAGUUGAGAAAAUGGUCGGUUAUGGAAUAAGGCCUAAUAUAAUUACGUGUAAUACAUUGGUGGAUGCUUGUGCCAAGAGGUGGAAUUUUGACGAAUUGGAUAAGACGUUGGAGUUAAUGAGAAGAGAAGGCGUGGAAUUCAGUGUUGAGACUUACAAAUUUUUAGUUGAUGGAUUUUCAAGUUCCGGUAGAGUUAAAGAUUCUGAAAGGAUGGUUUUUGAGAUGCUUGAUAAGGGAUUCAAGAUGGAUGUGUACACAUGUAAUUUGAUUAUAGCAGGCUAUUGUAGAUUGGAUAAUGUACAACGAGCAUUUUCGUUCUUCUGUAUUAUGGAUAAGAGGGGUAUUGGUUCAAAUGCUGACACAUACAGGAUUUUGGUUUGUGGUUUCUGUAAGGUUGGAAAAAUUGAGGUGGUACAAGAACUAGUCACUCAAAUGAACCAUAAAGGAUUUGAAAUUGACCGUGGCACGUUCAAUACUUUGAUUGAUGCAUAUUGUAAACAAGGAAAAGUAGGUGAAGCCUUCUCAUUUUUAAAACUUAUGGAGGAGAAAGGAGUUAUUGCCGAUUUUGCUGUGCAUGAGAUGGUUCUGAGUGGCUUAUGUGAGUCAGGUCGAACUGAAGAGUCCAAGUUGCUAUUCAGUACUUUGAUGAAAAGGGGCCUAGCUUCUAAGGGCUCGAGAUUCGUUCCAUUGGCUGAGUCAUCAACAAGUCAAGAAAAUCAAAAGCAGGUUCACGGAGAUGAAGAAAUGGAAAUUAGCCCAAGUUCUGAUCUGUUGAGGUCUGUUCCUUUAAUUGAGUCAUCAAGAAAUCAGGAACAUCAGGGGCUGGUUUCUACAGAUGAAGAGAUGCAAAUUUGCUCUAGUUCUGAUUUAUAUUCAGAUCUGAUAGCCAUAUUGCGAGAUGGAAACUAGAUGACGUGUGGAAGUUGGACGCUUUUGCAAGAGCUAGACCCGGACACAGACUUGUCAGAUGGGUUUGAUAGAUGCUUGACAUGAAGAGGAGGAUGGCAUUACUACUGGUAUGCAGAACUUUGAGAUAAAUUGCCUAAUUGACAAGGCCAUUGGUUCGUUUAGUAUAUCAGAUUCCAAAUCCCUAACUUGCACAAACUCACCCAAUGAUUAGGCUUCCUAUGCUCCUUUUGUCGGCUGUCAGAAAGAAAGAUUCAUCUGAUGUAAAGUACACGGAGUUACACUUGUAAUUUUUUUUCCCUGCAUCUGGCAGUUAAGAAGCUGGAAUUACUGCAGGUAUGGUGUAAAAUAGUUUACAUCAGAUCCUUUGAAUGGCCUUAUCGGGGAGCUGUAGAGAGAACUGUGCUAAACCUAGAAAGACAUCAAGAUUCUAUAAAACACAAUGUUUAUGAUUUUUUGCUGGUAGCACAUGCGUCCUGUGAUCAAGCAUCUGGGGACACAGCCUGGAAAGGAACACAAUCUUGCAUUAUGAUCUCCUGGACCAAGAUAUCUGGACAGGUGUUUGAAAUUGGCAGUGGCAGAUGAUGAAUUGUUCAGAUUAUGAAGCGGAGGAGUUCAAGCUUAGGGGUGUCAACGAAUCGAGCUGCUCAUGAAUAGUUCACGAGCAGCUCGUUAAAAUGAUCGGCUCGAGCUCGGUCAAAUCGAGCUCGAGUCAAUCUCGAACUAUUCGAAUAUGCCAACGAA